AUGAGUCACGUUGUCCUUAUAACUGGAGCCAAUCGAGGCAUUGGAAAGGGUCUACUGGCACAUUACCUUGCCCAACCAAACACCACAGUCAUUGGAACAGUUCGAGAUGCCUCAUCCGAGAAAGCCCAAGACCUCGAAAAGUUGCCAAAGGGCGAGGGCUCUGGUCUGAUUGUCGUGCCGCUCGACAUCAACAACCCAUCGAGCGUUACGAAGGCCGUGUCUAUUAUCCAGACGCAACACCAUAUCGAGCAUAUCGAUGUUGUGAUCGCCAAUGCGGGAGUCUGCACCCACUGGGGUCCGGUACAGGAAAUGGCUGACGAGGAUGUAAUUUCCCACUUUGAAGUAAACACUCUGGGUCCGCUCAGACUGUUCAAAGCCACGGCAUCGUUGCUCGAGAAAGCCAGUACCCCCAAGCUCAUCUAUAUCUCUACCCUUCUAGCGAGCUUUUCCGGGAUUGAACAGAUCCCCACGCUGACUGCUGCUUAUGGCAUGUCGAAGGUGGCUGGAAACUUCCUCGUUAAGAAAAUUGAUGCCGAGAACAAGCACUUGAUUACUUUGUCGGUUGAUCCGGGUCUCGUUCAAACCGACAUGGGUAGUCGCAAUGCGCAGUUGGUUGGGCUAGAGAAGGCACCAGUCACAGUUGAGGAUACCGUUCGCGGCAUUACAAACCAAAUUGAUGCAGCGAAGAAGUCAACUACAUCCGGCCACUUUGUCAACUCCAAUGGGGAGAGUGUGGCCUGGUAG